GGCUUAUUACUUGACUGAGGUGGAAAGCUAAAGUGAACAGCGAGAACACUGGACGAUAACAUACUUUUACUUUGGCCGUUGAAUAUGGAAUAAACAAAAUAACAAUUUUGUGUUUGACCGGAUAGUUAACUUUCAAGGUAUAAUCUUAUAGUGUAUAGGUUGGCUCACAUAAUGACAAGUGAACUGAAUGGAAAUGUUGGUUCCGUACCUCACCUGAACGCGAGUCAGAAUGAGAAUGACAGAGUGGACCAGUAUGGAUUUGAGCUUUCUGAGCAGGCUGGCUCCAACGAGGAGGUAAUGAAUGAAUAUGUGGCGGUACUUUCUAGAAGGUCUGCCAGGUGGUCAAAGCUCCUGAAGAGGAAAGAUCAGGUGGAGAAAAACACAAAGGUGAAGCGCUUUGUGCGUAAAGGCGUACCCAAAGAUCACAGGGCGAGGAUCUGGAUGGCGAGCAGCGGCGCCCAGGAACAGCUGGAAAAGAACCCAGGUUACUACCACUCUCUCCUGGCCGCUGAGCACGAGGCCAAGCUGGAGGAAACCAUUCGCACAGACAUGCACAGGACAUUUCCAGACAAUGUGCAGUUCAGGAACACCACAGAGCCUUGUCUACAGAAGGCCCUGUUCAAUGUGCUACUGGCCUAUGGCCACCACAACCAGGCUGUGGGGUACUGCCAGGGCAUGAAUUUUAUUGCAGGUUACCUUAUUAUUGUCACUAAGGAUGAAGAGAAGUCCUUCUGGCUGAUGGAUGCCUUACUGGGCAGGAUACUCCCUGACUACUACUGCCCUGAUAUGCUGGGUCUGAAAACAGAUCAGGAGGUUCUAGCGGAGCUGCUGCAGGAAAAGGCCCCAGCCGUGUCUGGGGGUCUGGGCCAGUAUCCUGGCAUCUGGACCCUGGUUCUGUCCCGCUGGUUCAUCUGCCUCUACAUAGACGUUCUGCCCGUGGAGACGGUUCUGCGUAUCUGGGACUGCCUGUUCUACGAGGGUUCUAAGAUCCUGUUCCGCGUGGCCCUGACCCUGAUCCUACACCACCAGGCGGAGAUCCUGGCCGCACGCUCUCUGCCUGAGGUGUGCGAGUGCUUCAAAGCCAUCACCAGGACGCAGUUCACCAUGGAUUGCCACACCUUCAUGCAGAAAAUCUUCACAGAACCUGGACGUCUCUCCAUGGCAACCAUAACCAACCUGCGCAAGACCUGCCAAGAACAUAUUUUGUCUGAGGAGUCCAAGUUAAAACCUUAACCCCUUGACCUCACUUCCUGUACACUCAGUGGUUAAGCCAAACUUUCUCUCCUUAGCUGGCGUUGUUGUCACACACCACGUGACCUGUUUUAAACUUCCUUCUUAACAGACUCCAUUGUUAUGAGACUGAUUAGGCUUAGUCUAGAUCUAGAACUGAGUGGCCAUCUGUGAUGAAUCUCAGUUUAUUUGACAUGUGUAUCUUAUGUAUGAAGUUAUCUUAUACAAAUAUGACUGCAUUAGUCUAGGACUAGGUUUACUCUGUGGAAGAGUAUCAAGGUGAGAGCUUUAGACAAUCUAGUACGCUGUCCAGUGGCACUUAUCUCCUCUGUGCCUGAUAGUGCCAGUGUCCUGUAUAUCUGGUACUACACUGACAGGAGUCCAACGUCCUGCCUUCUGACUGUAGAAAUGACAUGUCAAAUCCAUGAUGUAGCGUGAGCGUUGGGGUUGAUUACCUGCUGUAGUUCUUGUGCAGAUGAGACCAGAAAAUGACUCAGGAUCUGACUUCUUUGAGGUUAUCUCCUGUAGCUUUUCUUUAUCUCGUGAACUAGGAUGUUUUUUUGUACGCUUUUGUAUGAGUAAAUGUCUGUAGCAGUGCUUUGAAAAUGAAAGGAUCUCUAAUAGUACUGAAGAUGUUGUCUGAUGACCCAACAGGAGUGUGGUCUCUGAUCAGAUCAAAUGUUGUUCACUCAUGGUGACCUGUAAUAUCCACCCUGACAAACAGAAAUAUAUGUAGGAUUUUUUCUUUUCACUUUAUUCAUUUCAGCCUUUUAAAAGUAAAAAUGAAUUAAAACCCUAUUAAUUGUUAGCAAUGGACAUCAUAUGUGGGGCAGAAUGUUUUUUUGUUUUUUACACUUCCCCUUUCCACUCCAAAUAAAGCAUCUUCUAUUAUCAAGUCAAAUGCUCAGGCAAAUCUAUUCACCAAACGUCCCUGGCUCAGCUGCACACAGCGUCCAGAGGGAAACAGGAUUGGGAGUGUAGGAUUCAGGAACAUGACAAUCCCACA